AUGGAGAAACUAAAUUUUUUCAGAUUUAAUAAUCCCAAGACACUAUAUAAUUUAGCAUUAAAAUUAAAUAAUCAACAAAAUUUUUUUCAAUCAUUUUUAAAUGAAAAUCAAUUUACUAUUAUAAAUUAUAUAUUAUCUUUAGAAAAUUUUGAAGUCUGGCUGUAUUUCCUUGAUGGGAAUGUAUAUCUUAAAUAUAAUAAUGAUCGAACGGAUGAGACGGGAACUGAAGAGGAUAAAUCUAUUGAAAAAUCCGUGCUAGACAACUUGGAAGAAAGUGAAAUUGACGAAUAUUCAAAUGACAAUCUGAAACGAGUGUCUACUUCAGCAGAUCGAAAUACACCACUAACAAAUAAAAACUCAAAAUCUAAAGAAACCGAAGGUGAGUCAAAGUUACUACUAUCAACUCAAAAUGAACUUGAAACAAAUCCAGAUAUAAUAUUUGAAGAAGGAACUAAAAUGAUCAAAAAAUUAGCACUUCACAUUCGAUAUCUUUUAUGGGAGAAAGCUAUAGACUUUUAUUAUGAGCUUGAAAGACUGAAUAAUGAAUUAAAUAAAAUUGAUGAGAUUGAUGAUGAUUAUGAAUUAAUUGAUUCUAUAGAAGAUAAUGAUCAUGAAGAAACUAAAAAAGUUGUGGAGCUAGAAGUAAUUAAACCUAAAAUACGAGAAGAAGAGGAAGAUUAUGAUUUUGAUGAAGAUGAAGAAGAACAAGACAACAAGACAUCCAAUUUAGAAGAAAAGGCUCAUCAACUGGAAGAUGACAAAAUUCUACAGUUUAAUGAGGAAAAUCAAUUAAUCUUAGAAAUUCCUUUAUCCAUAUUCAAACUGAAGGAACAACCACCACGAACAUCUGAAUCUGAAAAUAACGAGAGGUCAAGUUCAAGACCACAAACAUCUGAACCUGAAACUAAUAAAGACGAUCAAGAUAAACUAAUCCGUGAAUUCAAUAAAGUAUAUCAUAAUUUUGAAUAUGAUAGAGAGACAUUAAUAAAAAGAAGAAAGUUAGAACAAUCAGAUUUACAAAUGGAAAAUGUCAAGAUUGAUAAAAAUGAUACAUCAAAAUUAAAAUCAUCCCAGCAGAAUCAAAGUAACAAUAACAUGGAUAUUGCUUUGGGAAUGUCUUCGACUUCACUAAGACUGUUACUUUCAAAAAUUCAUUACAAAAGAGAUAAAAUCGCUCUCAAUGACCAUGAAUUAAGAACAUUAUUUAUGGAUGUACGAAAGAAUCGAGGAAAAUGGGCAAAUGAUGAACGAGUUGGACAAGAAGAAUUAUAUGAAGCUUGUGAGAAAGUAGUUACGGAAUUACGUAAUUUUACUGAACAUUCUACUUUUUUCUUAAACAAAGUAUCAAAAAGAGAAGCUCCAAAUUAUGGAUUAAUUAUUAAAAAACCAAUGGAUUUAAAUACUGUUUUGAAAAAGCUAAAGAAUUUGUCAUAUAAUUCUAAGCAAGAAUUUGUAGAUGAUUUGAUGCUUAUAUGGAGUAAUUGUUUAACUUAUAAUGCCGAUCCAAAACAUUUCAUAAGAGCUCAUGCGAUAGCUAUGCAGAAAAAAUCGUUAAAAUUGAUACCAUUGAUUCCUGAAAUUACUAUAAAGAAUAGAUCUGAAAUAGAGAAAGAAGAAGAAGAUAAUGAAAUCAAGAAAGAAGAAGAAGAUGAAGAAGGUGGUGGAGCUGGGAAAAAACUGGCUAAAAAAGGAAGGAAAAGAACUAGGCAAGAUGAAUUAAAAGCGGAUGCAGUUGGAAGUAAUAAUGGUACUAGUAGUCCUUCCAGAGUUGGGACUCCAAUUGCUGUUGAUUCUGAUGAUUUAAGCAAUAACAACGAUCAGAUUAACUUUCAAACAAAUGGCAGCACUGCAGUACAUGAGGAUGAAGAAGACGAAGAUGAAGAUAAUGAUAAUUUAAAUAACGGUGCUUUGGCAGUUUCAAAUGGAUCAGCUGAAAAUGAAGAUGAAGAAGAAUUUGAUCCUGAAUUACAAGCAUGGAGAACUUUAACAGCAAAAUCAAGAGCCAAUUAUUGUGAGUCUAGAUCUAAUUUAUUUGAUUCAAAAUUACAUUUAAAAUCAGAUGCACCUGCAAUUCUUCGAAAAUCUCAUGAAAUGGCAAAUUUCAAUCAAUAUUUAUCAAAUAAAGAAGUUAUUUCUAAAUCAACGAAUUUAUUGGAAAAUGAUGAACCAUACUUAAUGGAAUAUGAUGUCACUGGUGGUAUUCCUGGAUUUGAAUUUUCUGGUUUUAAUGAAGAAGAAGAAGAAAAAGCAGAAAAUAAAUUAGUUGAUAUCAUAUUACAACAAUCUAAUGGUGAUGCUAGUAAAAUACAAUCUGACUUUAUACUAUCUAAUAAAACUGGGUUGAAUAAAGUUUAUUUUGAAAAUAUAUCUGAAAUUCAAGAGAUAAGAAAGAUUUGUUUUAAAAUUUCAUUAAUAAGACAAUUACAAACACAACAAUUUAUUCAUCAUACUCAAAUGAAACAACCAGAAAUAGAACUGCUUAAAGAAGUAGAUGUUGACUCCAUAUCCAAAUUAUCAAACCAUGAUUCAAAUACUCAUAAGGUUCAAUAUGCAGUUCUACGAAGGAAUAUAGCGAAAAUUGCUAUGCAAACAGGAUUUGAAACAACUGAAGCACCAGCUAUAAAUACUUUAGCUCAAGUUGCAGAAAAAUAUAUUGGUAAUAUUGCCAAAUCGAUGAAAUUACAUUCUGAAACAAAUUCUAAAAAUAAAUUAAAUGCUAGAGAAAUAUUAUUAUUAUCGUUGUUAGAAAAUGGUGUUGAUAAACCAGAUGAUCUAUACACUUUCAUUCAAGAAAGAAUAUUAAAACAAAAAGAUAAAUUAAAAGAUUUAAGAUCAGCAUUAUCAAAUUUUUUAAAAGAUUUAUUAAGACCAGGAUUAGAAAAUUUUAAUGAAAAAAAUUUUGAUGAUAAUUCUGAACAAUUCAUUACUGGAGAUUUUUCAAAUGAUUUAGGUGAUGAUUUUUUUGGUUUUAAAGAAUUAGGUUUAGAUAAAGAAUUAAAUAUGUUAAGUUCAUCAAUUCCAAUUCAUUUAUUACACCUGAGAUUACAUAAUCAAUAUAUACUGAAUGGUUCAAGUACAAAACAAAACAAAUAUGAAGAUUUAAAUGAAUAUGAACCAUCAAGUUUAAAAGCAUCAGAUGUAAAUCUUCAAAUUGGAUUAUUAGUUCCAUUUUAUGAAAAACUUCUUGAAAAAUCAAAACAACAAUAUAUUAAAAAUCAAAAGAAAAAAGGUGAAUCACUUGAUUUACCACCUGAUUCAGAAUUUUACCUUAUUGAAGAUGAUGAAUUACCUCAAAAACAAAGAAAUAUAAGACCGAAAUUACCACCAACUGGUAAGAUAACUUCUAUUAAAAAGAAAAUUAUUGCAAAUAGUUUUUUCGUUCCUGAAAUUUUGGAGGAAGAGGAAGAAACAGAGGAGAAAGUUGAUGGUGAUGAACCCAAGAAUCCACCAAAAGUGGAGGAGAAAGCUAUUGAUGAUAAAAAUGACGAAACCGCCAUGAAGAAGAAAAGUUUGGACGCUCAUGAAGACAAAGUAAAGGAAGACAGUCAGGAAAAGUCAAAGAAAGAUGAAAAUAAUAAUGAUGAUAAUGAUGAUUCAAAUAGGAAAAGUUUUUCUUCAGAAAAAUCUUUGGAAGUACCAAAUGAAGCAGUGGAUACGGCCGAUAUGUAA